GAAGGUCGGUUGGUGGGUGCCGAGUGUUGGUGCAGUAUGCGUUUCUGACAGUAUGUUGAUUGACAGGUGAUGGGGGACGAGGGGGUAGCAUCGCUGGAGGAUGUGGAAGAUUUGAUCGCAGAAGGCGAGCGGUUGUCGGUAUCAGUGUCAGAAGAGCUGAGUGGUUUGAGGAGGAGGAGUGUAGUGUACUGCAUAUGUCGGAAGCCUUACGACGAGGAGGAAGCCAUGAUAGCGUGCGACCAGUGCAGGGAGUGGUACCAUUACGGAUGCUUGGGUUUGGCGGAGCCAGAGAGAAGCGAGGGGGGGUCGUUGGGCGAAUUGGAGAACGCGGAGUACGUGUGCCCUGAUUGCGAGCAAUCGCAGCACGUUGGGGUAGCAGAGGCGCACGGGAUGGAGAUCCCAUGCAUGACUUCCAAAACAUUGGAGUUUUACGACAAGGAGACGGAGGAUAACGGGUGUGGGUCAGAAGCUCCACCGGCGCCGGUGACACCGGAGACACCAAAGGAGACGGAGGUGCCACAAGCAGGUCUAAGAGGGAAGAGAAGCAGUCGAGGCAAGGCAAAGGCGGUAAUGCAGCCAAAAUGGCAACUCAGCCACGUUCUGACGAACGACGAGAACAACAACAGCAGCAGCAGCAGCAGCAGCAGCGAGGCCGAGACGCCGACGAGCGGUCGCCCCUGCCGCCGCACUGCGGGUCGCCACAGUGGGUUCGACAACUACGUGCUUCUGAUGCGGACAAGAUAGGGGGGCGACACAUUGAAGUAGGGAGGAGUGAAAAUUCUUUGACGUUUAUGGAAUAAGUGGUGGUAGGGGUAGCACAAAUCGGGAGUUUUAUUGACGAUUUGUGAGGAUGAAGUGAUAGUACUGUGGAUAGGCUUUGUGAAGGGUGGAACAGUUAGCUUUUGCCAUUGAUGGCGUUACUUUGAUUCUUUAUUCAUUAACCCGGUAGCUGAUGCAGCAUGGUA